AUGACGGAAGAGACGCCAAAAGCAUCGCGGUGGAGUUCAGAACGCUAUACAAAUCUACUUAUUCCUAGCUAUAUUCCGCCGGAAUUACUUCUGUAUGAUGAGGGUCAAUUUCUCAAGGCAUUUCUUCUUCGUGUGCUUUCCAUUGAUCUUAACCGUCUCAUUGAAACCAAACGCUGUGAUGAGUAUUUUGUAAAUAUCCCUGUUGAACCUGAAUACAACAGUGAUGGACAACGCACAAACACACCUGAUGAACUUGUUGCUGAAAAAAGACGUAAAGUCAUGGAUGAACUUACAAGCCUUUUGCGACAAAUUGCAGAGAUGGGACCACAGCAUGGUGCGCAAAAGAAAGAAAUUGUACGUAAACGUUAUUUCACACAGGAGGAAAUGGAUAAUGGCGCCUAUGGGGCUAUUUUAGGAGCCCGUGGGAUGGUCCAUCAGGAGUUGGAGCAAAAGACAAAGUGUAAAAUUGUACUGGCCGGUCGCGGUAUUACAAAUCCAUUAAAAGACACAAGCGCCAAUGCGGCACGUAUCGCACUGGAGGAACCACACGCUCGCAUAACAGCCCCUAACGAACAGGCUCUUCAACACGCAAUGGAGCGUAUUGAAUGGAUUUUAUCUGAUGAUCCAGAAGCACAGGAAUUUCGUGAGAAUAAUAGGAAACGAAUGGCACAGAUUGAAGGCCGUUACGACCCCCGCACUUGGGUCUCAUCUAUUGAGAAGGAACCAACGGAGAGGGCGAGGCCUGGUGAAAAACACCCACGUGAAGAGGAACUCGAUGCAGACGUGCAAGAGUUUUUGGAUGAACUUUAA